AUGUUACAAAAGGACGUGUCUAAUACGGAUUUCCAUCAAGCAAUGAGGGCUAACAAGGGGGUUUAUUCCUCGGAGUAUGCUUCCAUCAUUCCUUCCUAUUCUACGGAUUCUGAUGAGUCCCUCUACAAGGACGAUAUUAUGGACUUUGAGAAUAACUCCCCAUCGUCAAGGUGCUCACAGUCCUCAAUAACGUGCACACCCAUACCUGUACACCUUUCUCCGUGCAGGCUCUACUCUGGCAAGACUUGUCAGCGAAAUGGGAGGUCAAUGCAGCAUGGACUAGACAAAAUAACAGAACGAGAGACGCUGGAUCAAGAUGUUUUAAACAUUGGAGAAUCAAAGACACCAAGCUAUAAAAGUAGGCUGGUCUUGGGUAUAUCGCAAAAAUAUUCAUUCCCAAAAGUAACCACAAGCCAGGAACUACACACAGACAACAAUGACGAAAUCUACAAAACUCCAAAGGAAUUUCUAACGUCUUCGGCAAACAAUACUAAUUUCGAGGUCUCUACACCAAAUGUAACAUAUAAGCAGAUAAAGUGUAACAGCACAAUCACAUCCAACGGACCGGUUGAAAGCAAUCUCACAUCAUAUGUAGAUAGUUUGUUUGGGGCCGAACCUGCAAGUUACAUUCACGAUCAUCAGCCUUUGACGUUAUUUUGGUUACCAAAUUCUGAAAUCAGUGGGCUCAUGAGGAUACCAUCACUUUCCUGUUUUCAGAAUUCUACAGAGUAUAGCAACUCUGAAAAACUAUAUUUAACUUUCACUCAAUAUAGUGUCGAUAUAAUACAAGAUGUCAGCGAAUUUAAAGCAUUUCCAUUCGUUCCAAAUCACACACCAUUUAUUGUCAUAUACUCUUACAGUUUCAAGAGUAUGUAUUUUAAAGUUGUUCCACGUUCAGUAAAUCAGACCAAAAAGGUUAAGUUAACAAAGAAUGGCGGUCAAACGUGUCUAAAUGGGCAUACAGAUGCUAUUGAUCUUUCCAUUGACCACGAUUCAUCAGAUGCAAACUAUGUUUUUUACAGGAGUUAUCUCUUUGGAAAAGAUGAUAACAUUGAUCCUAAUCGCCUAAAAAUUCUUGUUCAACGCUCAAAUAAAAUUAAUUUUGAUAUGAGGUGUCUCUCUGUGAGCAGUAAUAGGGUUGACCUAAACGAGGGCCCCUCGAGUAACGGAGUAAAGAAACGCAAGAGGGAGGAAUACAUAGAUGAAGGAUUCAAGCAGGAUUGUUCCACAGAUUCUGAGUCUUGUGUAAGUUCAGAAUCUAGCUCCUCUAGCGUAAGCGGUGAUGCUGAGUCGUGUAAUGACUCAGAAAUCCCAGAUGUUUUGCUAACGGAAUGCAAGCUUUUAAUUGGGACAGAAAUCAAUGAUAACAUUGAUGGCUGUAACAUGUCAAUUGCAAAUUAUAGGUCUGAAUCUGUCAUUAAGAAGAAUUUUUCUCUUUAUCUAGUGAAUAAUAAUUUGCCGUCUGGAGGUGAGGAUUUUUCUAAAAGAGUGUCCAUUGGACCUUUGGUAAAGGCUAAUGAGGGAAAAGUUCUCUACCAUGCAAAUGGGUUGGAAUUAAGUGAGGGAGAUUCUAUAGAUAUUAAAUUUCCUACAAUUUAUACUAAACACUUUGAACACGAUCGUGUCACACUCUUUAGUGACAAAGUCCUGAAAACAUGUUUUAACUACAUGAAAUCACUAGCACAGGAAAAUGAUUUGGUGAUUACCAUAAAUAACAUUGCUCAAUUUUGUCCGAAUAUUUUUUGGAAUCUAUCUCUUUGUGGAGAUAUAAAGACUGCCAUAAUGGAAUUGGAUCCGGAAUUGCUAAAGUCUCUAUACAAGAGGAAGAGGAAUAAACUUGUUUCAAAUCAUGACGAAUUGCAUGAUAAUAAAAAGUCUCUUGGAUACUUGGAUAACAACUUUAUCAUAAUGCAAGAUUUGUUUAAGAGAGACGCCGACGAGAAGGUCCGUAAGCUUUUGGAGAUUGAAGAAAGAAACAGAGCAAAUGGAAAGGUUGUUAGGAUUACACUCAAUAAGCACGCUGACGAUGAACUUAUAAUUAGUACUGUCAUGGACGACAAUGGAUUUAUAAAGAAAAGCAUGCAGCUGCUAACUGAAAAGCAAAAGAAUGUUGUAUACAAGGAGUGUAUGAAGAGAAACUUUUAUGUUCCUGUUCACAUAAAGUUCACUCCAGAGAAGGGGCGAGGAGUAUACGCUGCGUACAAGAUCAACAAGGAUGAUUUUGUCAUGGAAUACAAGGGUGAAUUGGUCACUGAGAAGGUAGCAAAGUUCAGGAACCAAAAGUACAACAAGUCCACUAGUUACAAGGGUUCCUUUAUCUUCUUUUUCAAGUACAAUGGACGUAGAUAUGGUAUAGAUGCAACUGAAGAAGAUAUUAGUUUUGGACCAGCAAGACUGGUUAAUCAUUCUAGAAAGAACCCAAAUAUUGUUCCCAGGACUAUUUUGAGUAACAACUAUCCAAGGCUAAUCUUUGUCGCAAAGAGGAACAUUGACUGGGGAGAGGAACUGCUCGUCGACUACGGGGAACGGGACCCAGAGAUCAUAAAGGAGAACCCUUGGUUGCUAGAAUAG